AUUGUUAACCGAAGGAUCAGCAACGAUCUCGAAGAUUGUGCACUUCGACUGUGGAAUCACGGAUGGGAAUCGGAGGAUAUCUGUGAAGCAUUUGGUGUCAGUGAAAGAAGCUGCUACCGCUGGCGACGGAUCUUUGGGGAGUGUGGUACUGUCACGAAGCCCCCUUCUACACUCACAGGACGUACUCGAACAAUCAUGCGAGCCCUGCCAAUGGCUGUCAAAGAUCUCUACUCCGAUCUUUUCCUUGACUGUACAUGGCUGGCACUUCAGCACAAUAUCAUUCUCAGCACUUCCAUCCUAUCACGCAAACUCAAGGAUUCUGGGCUCGCUCGAAAAAUCCUUCAAAAACUUGCUUCCGAACGUGAUGAGGUCUGUCGAGAGGAAUUCAAAGCUGGCCUUCGCAAUGACUUUAUCGGGGAUGACUUUGAAUUCAUUGUCAUCGACGAAACGAACACGAAUGACCGGACAUAUGCACGGCAUUGCGAUCGUUGCUCGUUGUGUGCUGCUAUGACCGUGCAAGGAUACAUUACUGCUCAAGUAGUCGAAGGCUCGUUUGAUGCGCAGGAGUUCUAUGACUUCACAGCCGAGGGUUUUCCACACGUGAAUCCCUUCCCUGCAGAGCGUUCCAUUACUGUUCUCGACAAUUGCCGGGUUCAUCAUGAUGAAAACCUCGGUGACCUUGUCGAAAGUGCUGGUUUGGUUUUUUAUCUGUUCUUUCCCUGGUAA